UCAGCUUCUGAAUCAGUUUGAGAAACAAAACCUGCAGAAAGUAGCUGAGUCCCCCCACCCCUGACUACACUGACAUGGCUUCAAUGAGCAUGACAGCCUCUCUCCUGCCGACCUCAAGCACAACUGUGACUAGAUUUCCUUCCGCAACUGUACGCAGAGGGCUGAUUGUGGCCAAGGCAUCAAGAACCGAUAAUGGACAGGAGGCCACCAGGGAACUGAAGCAAGAGGGCAGCAAUGGGAGGAGGGAGUUGAUUUUUGCAGCUGCAACUGCUGCUGCUUGCUCCGUUGCAAACAUUGCCAUGGGUGAAGAGCCAAGGCCUGGGACCCCGGAAGCUAAGAAAAAGUAUGCUCCUAUUUGUGUGACAAUGCCUACAGCUAGAAUCUGCCGCAAGUGAGAAUCUGAUGUUCUCUAAAUUUAAUGUUGAUUUUAAUGUGAGAUUCAUGUGGGAACUUGUAGGUGUAUAAUUUUAUUGGAGAUUCCUUGUUAUAUUCCUCUUCUUAGACUUCUACAUUCAACAAAUAGUUAUGAUCUUAAUUAUACCUUUCGGAUUGAAAGUAAUUUGUGGGAAAUGAACGAUCAAUUCAUAUUCAUGGCAAGAAGGUAGAGAUGCAUGGUACCUGAUGCCAUUAAAAUUGUGAAGAAACUCUAGUUCGAAGGGUAGAGCAAUAAUCCCAAAAUGAAUGAUUUGGAAUUUAGAAAUGUGGAGUUUUGAGUCAUAUAGCUUGUAAACUAAUCCCAUGUUUGUAUUCUAUGAUGUUGAUCAAUCACUGCCAAUUUAAUGGAUGUUGUAUCAUAUUUUGCA